AUGAGCACCCAGGUAGCCAAAUACAUCGACCAGCUUUUGACCAAGCCACACCUGAAACCACUCAUUGUGGGCAUCAGCGGGCCACAGGGCCUGGGCAAGUCAUACAUGGUCUCCCAUCUUCUUGAACAUUACAGAUCCACGCAGCCAAGCUUGGCAGUGGCUGGAUUUCUGGUGGACGAUUUCUACCUUCCUAGAAAGCAGCAGGAGGAGGUCACCGAGAGGGCCAAAGCGGAGGAGAAUGAGGUUCUUCAGGGCCGAGGUCUUCCAGGAACCCACGAUGUGCCGUUUUUGCUUGAUGUGUUCAAAAAGCUCAAAGCACAAGAACCAGUUAAGAUUCCUCGUUACGAUAAGAGCGCCUUUUCUGGUAAAGGCGAUAGGGCUCCGGAGGACACGUGGCAGUCUUUCAAAAACGUGGAUUUGGUCAUCAUGGAGGGCUGGUUCAACGGGUUCAGAGCUCUUGAGCCCGGACUCUUUUCCACAGCAUACUUUGGCCAAUGGCCUUCGAGCAUAGUGCAAAAGCACAAAUUCUAUCAUCUCCAGGAGGUGAACGAGGAGCUUGCCAAGUUCAAUCCCGUUUGGGAUGCCUUCGACUACUUUGUCUUUUUCGAUACAGACUCUACUGAUAAUGUGUACGCAUGGAGACAGGUGCAAGAGGAGGAAUUGAGGAGAUUGAAGGGAUCUGGGAUGACUAGGGAGCAGGUUGUGGCGUUCGUUGAUCGGUACAUGCCGAUGUACGUGUUGUACUACUGGCGGUUGUGUCGAGGAGGAACCCUAACCAAGGGCCGGAACCUCAGGGUGAGGAUCAAUGAAAAGUGGGAGGUUCUCGGGAUUGAGGUUGUAUGA